AGAGAUCAGAGAGAGAAGAAAGAAAAAGCCAAAAAGGAGGGAUUUUUUUCCCUGUUUCGGUUGGGCCGUUUGAAUGUUUUGAUGCCAAACGGUUGAUCUCUCUCUCUCUCUCUCUUCCCCUCUUCAGCAUCUUCACGUUCUCCGUCUCUCUUCAAGCCGGCCACUUUCGAAAAGCACUGCGAAGCCAUGAGAAUGCUGCAGCUGCGACCGCUCGCCUUCGACCUGGCGCGAGCACGGCUUCCUUCGAGCGCCCCCGCGACACCCUUUGGCCCAUUCAACUCCUGCGUGCAGAAGAGGUGGCGGAAACCGCUCGUCACCGCCCAGACCCGCCUGGAAGACCGAACCAGAGACCAUAAGCUCGACAAGCUGGCGACCCACCUCGCCACCCUCAAGACCGCCCUCGGCCUCCUCGCCCUCAUGUCCGCCCGCAGGAGAGGCCCCUACGUCUCGCUCCAGCUCAUGUCUCGCUGGAGGGGCCUCGUCGGGCUCAACGUCGCCGUCGGGGCCUUCGUCCGCAAGCACUCCCACGUGUUCGAGGUAUUUACUCACCCGCUCCGUAGGAAGUUAUGUUGCAGAAUUAGGCGCGGAAUGAGGGAGCUGGUUAAGGAGGAGGAGGGUGUUGUUAGACGUAUGGAAUUGGAGUCUUUGAAGAGGGUGAAGAAGCUGCUGAUGAUGUCGGUGAAUGGGAGAGUUCAUGUGCACGCAUUGAGGUUGAUUAGGAGGGAAUUGGGUCUACCCGAGGACUUCCGAGAGUCGAUCCUGGCCAAGUACUCGCGGGAUUUCAGGCUCGUUGAUUUGGAAAUUGUGGAGUUGGUGGAGAGGGAUGAGGAUUUGGGUGUCACCGAGAUAGAGAAGUGGAGAGAGAAGGAGUAUAGGGAAAAAUGGUUGAGUGAGUUUGAAACUAGGUUCGCCUUUCCAAUUAAUUUCCCUACCGGUUUCAAGAUCAAGGGAGGGUUUAGACAGAAGAUGAAGAAUUGGCAGAGGCUUCCAUACGUGAAGCCAUAUGAGAGGAAAGAAAUAGUGAAAGUGCGUACUUGCGGUGGUGUAGAGCGAUUUGAGAAGCGGGCUGUUGCAAUUAUUCACGAAUUGUUGAGCUUAACCAUGGAGAAGAUGGUGGAGGUGGAGAGAUUAGCUCAUUUCAGGAAGGACUUUGGUAUGGAAGUUAACGUGCGUGAGUUACUUCUGAAGCACCCAGGAAUUUUCUAUAUAUCAACUAAAGGAAGCUCUCAGACUGUCUUUCUCAGAGAAGCUUAUAGCAAAGGGUGUUUGCUCGAGCCAAAUCCCAUCUAUGCUGUUCGCAGGAAAAUGUUGGAGCUCCUUCUGUUAAGACGCCGGAAUACUAAGGUAUUAUCAGUUAUUGAGGAGGACAAUUUGGUGCAUACUGUAGAUGAAGGUCAUAAAAGAGAGGGAGAUUGGGUAGUUCCCAUAUUGGAGAGUUUGGAAGGUCAUGGAGUUGAGAGAUGAUCUGAUUGUGAUUGUUUACAUCAAGAGAUGAUGCUUCUGGACCUGAAAAUGAAAUGGAGAGGUAGAUGCAUGUGCUAGAGUGAUGAGGUUGCACAGUCCAUGGUUCAGUAACAUGCUUUUACUAGAGAUGAGUUGCUUAAUAAGUUCGUUUUACUGGACAUCAAGAUGGUUGGGAUUUACUCAGGUAACAUUGAAGGAUGGGCUGAAGUAGUCAUUCCAUGGAAUCCAAAGUGACUAACCAAAGUAACUGGAAACAGGGAAGACGUGGUUCAUAUAUUGGAUAACCAGAUCAGGUCUAUUCAGUUUAGUCCGCUGAAGAAUUGGAGCUGUGUAUUCUCAAAGAAAUGUUUUAGUGUGUGGAGAAAGUAGUAUAUGGUGCAAGAAAUAGCUACUGCUCUCUAAUUAAAACAACAUGCGUAGCCUUUGCACGCUUUCCUACCUUUGCUUCAAAAUGGUAAGUCGGAGCUUUUUGCUUUACGAUGGUAGUUGGAGCUUCAAUUCGGGAAUCCCAUUUACUGGUUAAUUUGCAAUUGCCAAGACUCAUAUUCAUCGAGCUAUGAGGGUGCAGGACAGCAGUUUUUUAUAUUUAACUUUCGGUUGUGUCGAAUUUUCAUUAGGAUUGCUUAGUUGUCCACUGAGGAAACAUGUAUUUUGAGAUUAUUCUUUCUCAAAGUUACCUGAUUUCUAUAAUGGUCAUAGCUAUCAAUUCAAUGUUCACUUUCCCAUGUCUACUUACCGCAGAUAUGAGUCUCCUGACAAAGUAAACUUAUCCUAAUAAAAAAGUUAGGACGUCUGCUGUCCGACGUGUAUUAGAGAUUUGACCCGCCAGCUAAACUGUUUAUGAUCGUAUUCAUUAGCAAGAAUUAGGUUUUCCUUAUUUUUGAGCAAGUAAUCAGUGUCAGGACCAUUGGCUUAUAAGAAUUGGAAUAGAAAAUUUGACAUAUGUUGAAAUAUUCUCUCACAUCACUUGACAAUGGGUCCCAAACGCUCUUCAUAUUUAUGUGGUCUCCCUUCAUCUAUCAAUUUAAGCUUUUGGGUUAGACUUUCUAACACCAGUGCUAUCUUUUUCUUGAAUGUGUGUAGUCAAAAUUUCACAUGUCCCUCGUAAUCCGGCUUGCACGCCGCAAGCUUUUAUAAUUCGUAUAUUGUUAGCCUUGGAGCAUUGUGAAAUUACGCAUAGAUUUAAGGAGGAAGAAGUCUUUGCACAAUGAUGCUUGUAAGGAUAUGUAACACCCAGUGGAAAUGAAUAAAAAGAAUUGGUUGGUGAUUCUUUUUCAGUUUCGUUUGAAUCCAUGAUGAUGCCCUUGUUUUUUUAUUGCUUCGAAGUGCAUGACAAGGCUUUACAAGUGUCUUAUCUUUUGGGCAAUGGAAGAUCCUUAUGGUUUCCUGAUAGAAGACAAAUAGCCAGUUGUUGAAUAGAACAGAGUGCGUUUCUCAUGUGUACUUGGAAAGGUGAGCAAUCAUGUAGAGUCUGAACAUUAGCAGGUCUUUUAACUGCUGGUAGAGGACAUACUUUGUCCCUUAUUGACCAACUCUUUGAAAACCAAACUAGACCGGCCGGUUCAGCGGGGCACAGGAGCCUGGUCCAGGCCUGUACUACUAUGACCCAGACAUGGACCCAGUCAAAAUAGGAUGCUGAUCAAACUGGGUGAACUGGGAACUGGUUUGACUGGAGCUGGGAGAUAUACAAAUGAAGAAGAUGGGUACGGGUCAAGGGGUUCUACUCCUGACCUGUUUCAUAGAAACGCUCAGCCAACUGAGUGGGUGCCUUUAUUCAUUUACCAAGACUGCAUAAUUACUUAACCACUUUCGCUACGCAAUUUUAAGGAAGAGAAUGGAAAAUUGCCAUGGAGGGAAUUUGAACUCAUAACCACAAGCUUCAUGCCGAACAACCCCCACCAUCUCAACUCGGGAUAAGUUGGCGCUGAGCAUAAUGUUUAGUAUGAAUUCCAUGUUCUAUAUAGUAAUAAGUUAUAUUAACAAACCAGAUGGAUCAAUUGGUUGAACGUGUAUGCCAAGGACUCAUUUGGUUUAGUCUCCAUUAUGGUUCGAGAAAUAGUGCUAUUGACUUGAAAGUAUGCGCCUACGCUAGGCGUGGAAAGGUGAUUCAGUUUUGCUCUAUAUUUGCUGAAUGGGUUACAUAGCUUGGGGCGCUAAAGCAGAAGUUGUGUGUUCAAUUAAGAUGUCUCAAGCAUUUUUUGUCUUUGUUUGGUCUGUGGUGUGAGAUUUCUUUCUGUCCAUUCGGUAGUGUUCUAAGCUUCAAGUUGUGGAACUCAGACAUUUCGAUUUCUGAUGUUAGCCAAUCCAAUAACUUUUUGGGAUUCUAAUUUUCACCUCAUGUUGGUCCGCUUCGGUAUUGUGUAAUGUUCUUUCGAGUGAAAAAUGUGACGAUGUCAUCUCUGCUCCGGAGUAUGCGUUAGUCUUUUGAGCUUCUAGCAUGUAGGAAUACAAAGACUGGCAACCUUUCGGGAAAAGGGCUUGCUCAUCUAUGUGCCUUUGCCUUUUGGCGUGGUAUCGAGGGACAACAAGAACUGCCAUUACCCGUUAUUUGUUUUGUGUUAGCACAUGCCAUGCGGACUCGGUUACUGCAACAAUGACCUUUACGAAAAAGU